AUGCGGAUCCUACAUGCCUACCACGACUACCUCUACCCGCUCAUGCCGUGCGUCCACUGGCCAAGUUUUGUGCAGCAGCUCGUCGCGCGCGAAGACGAGCGCAAUAGGCACUGGCGCGCGUUCGUCUUUGCGCUCCUGGCGUACUCGAUUGUACAGUUGCCACGGUCGUGCCUCGACUUUGCGCUUGUGCCCGAACUCGUGCGGUAUCACCAGCAAUGCUUCUCUGCGUCGCGGGCCCUGCAGAGCCGGGCAUUUGCAGACAUGUCCUCGGUGGACAUUGCGACGCUCUACUGCCAGCACAUUUACCUCUCGAGCCUGUUCAAGAAGAACAUUGCGAAUGUUGUGCUUGUACAGGCAAUCAGGCUGGCACAGGACCUCCUCAACACCAACUGCGAGGACGCGAUCGAGGCCGAGCUCCGCCGUCGCGUAUUCUGGCUCCUCUACGGCUCGGACCGCACAAUCUGCGUCAUGGACGACACACCCCUUCUCAUAUGGGACUGGGACAUGAGCGUGCCGUACCCGCGCGCUCUCGAUGACGAGUAUCUGACGCGGGCAGGCGCGUUCGCGCAGCCCGCCAAGACGAGCGCACUCGCGGGCUUCCACUUUGUCUCGCGCAUCUUCCAUCUCCUCGGCGUGGUGCUGAGCGCCCUACGGUCGCGGCGGAACAACCCGCCCAACUCGGAAAUCGCCGACCUCCUCAGCCUGCCACUCUACGUACCGAGCUCUGCCUACACGGCCGCUCUGGAUGGCAUCCUCGCAGACCUCCCGCCGGAACUCGAGUUGCGUGCCGAUGCACCGGGGGACCAGCCGGCGUUUGCGAUCUGUCGCGUCAACAUCCUCAUCUCGCAGGCGACGGUGCGCCAAGCCAUCCAGGCAUACGCCGAGGCGCUAGGCGAGGAUACAGCGGGACACGCACCCAGUGCGCUCGUGAUGACCAUACUACGCUCCAUGCCGACCGAUAGUUUGACGGCCAACGGCGACAGCCUGCGCAUGAAGGUGCUGUACUUUGUGCUUCAGGGGAUGGGGAGCGAUGACGCGAGCAGUGCAGACUUUCUCGACAUGGAAGCGCAUGUCCUCCACGAGCCGCCUGACAUCUCGGACGAGGAUGAUGGCGAGGAUAUGGCCGUGUCGCCCGAGGUAGGGACAGGUUUGAGGAGAUAA